AUGGUGGCUCGGGGCGUCAUCACGGUGCCGGCAGCGGGGGAAAUGAUGACCUCCGGUGCCAGCGGCCGCAUCAUCCCGGUCUGUAGGGAUGUUGGCCGUUCGGUGCUCUCACGACAGUUCCUCCUGCGCGUUUAUCUCUUCCUCCACUCCUUGUUCCUGUGGUUCCUUCUUCUACGUCAGCUCACGCACAGGCCGAUCUCCGCGAAAGUCUCCGUCUCGUCCCCUGCUUCGUCCCCCAGGAGGCGAGGGGGGUUUAGGAAGGGAAGGAGAGAUGAGGAGGAGGACACCGUGAGGAGGAGAGCCUUGGCGGAGGGCCUAUCGAUGGUGCAUCCGUCGGAUGGCGUGAUCAGUUCUUGCGUGUGGGAGACGUCGGUGCAUGUCGGGCCGAGUAAGAGCACCCUCUUCUGCCGAUCCUGGCGCCCGGCAGUUGGAGACAUGAAGUGAGGACAUGAUUUUCAUUUUCGCUUCUCCAUCAUGCUGUGAUUCGUCUUUAUUCCGUAAAAUAUGUUAGGGGGCAUAAUUCCUUCCCCUGUAUUCCCGAUUAUUUUGGUAAUUCCAUCUGUGAUCUACCUCAAAGUUUCAGUUUUAAGUUUUUCUUCCCACUUUACCUUUAAAUCCGCUGUAAUGCGCAUAUUCGCCCUUCGGUUGCAGAUGAGUUAUUUUUGCGGAAUAAACCAGGAUGAAUAUUGAUUUGGCCAUCCAGUCUGCAGAUAAUUUCAUAAUGAAAAUAAUCCCGGAAAGCAGACUUUUUUAAUGUUCCGUAUGCUUUCGUAGGUGUUUGCAUUAAAAAAUAGUUUCACAGAGAGAAGAGGUUUAUGAAAUGAGGCCCAAAGCUGCCGCAAGUGCGCAUGUCUUUUCUUGUCACAUGUUUCAUUGAGGUUUCCUCAUUUUUAUCUCAAUAAUUGUCCCACAUAGUUAUUUCAGUCUCUACACGUUGAUAAUUUCCUUUAUGGCUCAUGGAUGUUGCUGAACCAAUUUGAUUCCUAAGGCUUUAAAAGAGUGUAUGCUGAUGCUGAUAUCUAAAUAAGAUUAUUCCGUAUAUUAUGUGUUUCGUCUAUAGGCUUCCCCAUGUUCAUUGUUAGAUUUUCUGUCGAAUUCUGGGCUUCAUGUUGAACCUUGUUAAAAACCACGUUGCUAAUGUAAAAUAUGCCUUACUGUCUCCCACUCUGAUCUGGACAGAGUUGUGGAUGGAACAUUCGGCGUGUAGCUCUAUAAAACUGUUAGAAAUUGUUAACAUAAUAUUUCGUCACAUUCUGGAAUGAAACUCAUGUUGUCAAGGUUUUAAUUGAUAUUAGUUUUUUGUUAUCAUUAUAAAAUUUUAAUAAUAUGGUUCCUUUUCCUUUGCAGGGGCAUUAUGAUCAUUAUUCAUGGGCUAAAUGAGCACAGGUAAAUUUACGGAUAUAAGUUAGCAUGGCAAUGGGUUUUUCAAAUCCGAAUAAGAAUAGUUGUUCAUAUGCUUUUUGUGCAUAAGAAUGAUUCUUACUGUUUUCAUUGCCUGUCUCAGUGGAAGAUACGCUCCGUUUGCAAUGCAGCUGACUGCGCAAAGCUUUGGGGUUUAUGCAAUGGACUGGAUUGGUAUGCAUUCUUUCUAUUAUAUUUUUAUUUUCUUGUUUCCCAAACAAGUCUCCCGCCAGUACUUGCACUUCCUUCUUCAAGGACUUUCUGCCUACAUCGACCUUUGACAGGUCACGGCGGAAGUGAUGGACUUCAUGGAUACGUACCUUCCCUUGAUCAUGUUGUUGCCGACACUGUAAGUUCUUCUGGAAAUAGUUUUUAGCUAUUUGACUGUAUAAUCUCUACCAUAUUAAUCUGCCACACCUUGUAUAAUUUCUUAUCUUCGAUAAACAAGAUAACCCAUCUAUUCUUAACCCACAAGUAAUACAACGGGAAGUAUUUAGAUAAGAUCUGGUUUACGCGUCCUUACAUUUUUGUUGUUUUCGUCUCUGACCAGGGAUCAUUCUUGGAGAAGAUCAAAUUAGAAAAUCCGGGCAUACCAUGCUUCCUUUAUGGCCACUCCACUGGGGGAGCCGUCGUUUUGAAGGUAACCUUCUAUUUACGGAUCAUCUUCUGUCACCUUGUCUUUCUUUCCCCUUACGUCAUUUUAUAUUGUAAUUGCAGGCCUCUUCACACCCACAUAUUGAGAGCAUGCUGGAAGGAAUUAUUCUCACAGCUCCUGCGCUACGUGUGAAGCCGGCUCAUCCAAUAGUUGCGGUAAUUUAUUUUCAAUCUUUCAUUGUUUAUUGCAUGAAAUCAGAGGACUUGUUGCGCUAGUGAUACCUGCCCACUUUAUUAAACCUAGAUUCCCGCCUGGCAACGUAAGCAGCUGAUUCAUUUUUACAGCUUAGACCGCAUCUAUAUAAGUAUUAGAGAGUUGCAACCCCACGAGGAUACUGAUUAGAAAAUUCUUGUCCCUAAUUAAUGAACGGCGUUCCUCGGAUUGAAGUCCUGCUCCCACUUGCAUGUAGCCUCAUUAAAGGUUUUUACUCUUGUCAAAAUUGCAUUUUUUUCAUUCAACUUCAUCGAGCUAUUUCCAUUCCUCUUAGAUUAGAACUCAGUUUCCUUGACUCUGAGUUCGAUAAUCUGGCCACUGGACUCUGCCUCUAUUUCAUAAGACCCCUGCAGACCUAGAAAGACCAGGAUUUGUGAGAAAAAAAAUAUAAAUAUCAUGUUUAAUUAUAUAUAAUGCCUUAUUCUCUACCGAAAUUAAUCUAAAUCCUGAGCACGAAACAAGAAUAACUGCGGUUUUCCCCGCAACUCCGUCUGGAUUCUGCAGUUGUGUGCUCAAAUUCACGGUCUCAAAUGGCAUCCAUGCAGGUCAUUGCUCCGGUUCUCUCUGUUUUUCUUCCCAAGUUCCAGUUCAAGGGGGCCAACAAGAAGGGAAUCCCGGUCUCCCGGGACCCCGCUGCCAUGCUCGCAAAGUACUCCGACCCCCUCGUCUACACUGGCCCAUUAAGGGUCCGCACAGGAUACGAGAUCCUCCGCAUCUCCACCCACUUGAUGCAGAACCUGAAAUCGGUCACCAUCCCCUUUCUUGUUCUCCACGGCACCGCCGACGGUGUGACAGACCCGCUGGCCUCGCAGGACCUGUACAGCGAGGCAGCCUCAGAGCACAAGCACAUCCGUCUCUACGAGGGUUUUCUCCAUGACCUGCUCUUCGAGCCCGAGCGAGAUAUGGUCGGCGCCGAUAUCAUUCAAUGGAUGGACCAGAUGCUGCAGCGGAGGAUGGCCGAGGAGUGA